GAUAUCACAUAAAAACUUAUCCCUCUCUCUCCCUCACUCUCCUCUCCCGCCCUCCCUCGCUCUCUUUCUCUCUCUAAAAAAUAACGCCAAUUCGAAAUAUAGAGAGAACCACAAGAGAGGGAGAGAGAGAGAGAUAAACGGCCAUGAAAGGCUUGAAGAUGGAACUCUCUCUGCACUGCAUGCAUGGAGCGAAACCUCUGCUCCCAUUUCUUACUUCAAGACCCAUUUCAAGAUAUCAGCCAAGAUGCCAACUUGCCCUCUCCAUUGGUUGCAGGGAUCAUUUUCCCUCUAAACAUUCCAAAAUUAAGGGAGCACGGAAAGUAAACUUCACCACAAGAAUUACGUCAGCAUCAAUACAACCUAUGACUGAGGAAUUGGUUGAGGAUAAAUCCAAGGAUGUCCCCACAAGUGGGGAUUCCAUUCGCUGGCGAUUUCUUGAUUUUUAUGCUUCAUGAGGUCGCAAGGUCCUUCCAAGUGCUUCUCUUGUACCAGAUGAUCCAACAGUUCUACUGACAAUUGCCGGAAUGCU